GUACCAAACGAAACAAGAAAGGAAAGAAACAAAAAAAAAAACGUACGCGAAAACUUUCGCGUGCGCGCACCCGUUACAAUACCACCACACGUGAACCAUGUGCUUCGAUUCCCGUCCGAUGGUUUUUUCGACAAGAGCUUUCUAAAUUCGUCAAGACGAGUUACACGUUUUUGUUUCAUCGCAGUGGUUCAACGAUAACGUAUUCCGAACGAAUAUUCCCAUAUUGGAUUGAACAGUGAAUCACAAUGGAACGGAAAAGCCGAAUAAUGUAGCGGAUAAUGGAGGUUGGCCGGAUGACAAAUAGAUAAGUAGCAUCGUUCAUUGCUGAUAACAAACGCCGUCAAAUUGACCGGGAAGUUGGGAGCCGACACGACACGGAUUUCUUCUCGACUCCGCUGGACCCUACCCCUUGUUUCUCGUACGCGAUGUGCAAUAACAAUAAGGAAAACGAUAAAUCGGCCUCCGGGCACAGACCGAUCAAAGUGACAACGAUUGGUGACGGUACUGUUGGCAAAACAUGUAUGCUUAUUACGUACACGACCAACGAAUUCCCAUCGGAAUAUGUACCCACGGUCUUCGAUAACUAUGCAGGAAGCAUACGCGUCGACGGACAAGAAUACGAUAUGACUCUGUGGGAUACGGCUGGACAAGAAGAUUACGAAAGGAUCAGGCCUUUAUCCUAUCCAAAUACUGAUUGCUUCUUGAUCUGCUUUUCAGUGAAUUCUCGCAAUUCUUUCGAGAAUGUCUCGAGCAAAUGGCAUCCGGAAAUAAAGCAUUACUGUCCAGACACACCUAUAGUUCUUGUCGGUACUAAAGGAGAUCUUAGAAACACGGAAAAUGUGGAUGCAAUUACUUUUAAAGACUGCAAGAAAAUGAAGAAAAAAGUGAAAGCUUAUAAAUAUGUUGAAUGUUCUGCUUUGAAAUGUGAAAAUUUAGAGGAAGUUUUUACAGAAGCCAUACGAGCUGUCCUCAAAAAACCAUCGAGUAAAUUUUGCUGUACAUUCUAAAAAUUAAGUUUCAGAGCAAUAUUUAUAAUUAACUAUUAAGAUAGUGACAGGCAUCGAAUUGGAAUAAUUUUUAUAUAUAGAAAAUUAUUAGAUUCUUCC